UUCUAUGCUGGCCCAUCCUCUGCCUUUGGAAAUAAAUUUUUUAUAUAUUUAGACGAAAAUCACACAAUGGGGUCUUUUGUCCCAUUUCAAGACCUGAACCUCUCUCAAUCUCCAUCUGCGCCGUCCAUCAACAUCGCCGCCAUUUCCCCGCCUCCUCUUUUAAUCCCAAGGAUUGAUCCUAAACUUAAGCCGCUUGACAUUCUUGUUGUGACACCUCAGCCCGAAGAACCUCAGGACUCUUUGUUUCCCGAUUUUACCCCUAACAUUUUCUCUAAUUCCGAACAUACCCCUCACUGGCAAUCCUCCAGAUUCUCCUUCUCUGAAGAAAAGGAUGCCUACUCCGAAUAUCAUAUAAUCUCCGAGCUCAUUCGCAAUGAAUUCACCGAACGCUUGGAGGAAAAGCACGACGACAUUUCAGUGUUAGACCCGGAUUCUCGCGCGAUCGUCCCUGGCAAUGAAAACAAUAGCAUCUCCUCGGUUGUCGUCACCCGACCUCCUCGUCGAUACCCGAAGCGCUCUUCUGAGCUUGUCCGCUGGGCAAACCUUGGAAUCGAGGACCAACGGUAUUUCCGGGACUCCGUUCGUCGAACCCGUAUGCUAUAUGAUGCCCUCCGCAUAUUCUUCGUAUUGGAGGAAGAGAAACGCCGUGGCAACAGCCUCAACCUCCGGGCCCGAGGCGAUGUCCUGGCCUCCUCUGAGAUGCGUGCCCACGGGCUCUGGCUCAACCGUGAUAAACGGAUUGUGGGGCCCCUCCCUGGAGUUGAAGUUGGGGAUGUAUUCUUUUCCCGGAUGGAAUUGUGUAUGAUUGGAUUGCAUGGAAAAACCCAAGCAGGUAUUGAUUACCUUCUGGCAAGCCAGAGCUUGAAUGGGCAACCCAUUGCAACAAGCAUAAUUGUUUCAGGUGGCUAUGAGGACAAUGAGGAUUCCGGAGACAUGUUAAUCUACACGGGGCACGGUGGACAGGAUAAGUUUUCGAGGCAAUGUAUGCAACAGAAGCUCGAAGGAGGGAAUUUAGCAUUGGAGAGGAGUAUGCGUUAUGGGAUUGAGGUAAGAGUGAUUAGAGGUUUUAAAUAUGCAAGGAGUUUUCAUAAGAUUUACGUUUAUGAUGGUUUGUAUAAAAUUCAUGAUUGUUGGUUUGAUGUGGGGAGAUCUGGGUUUGGCGUUUACAAGUAUAAGCUGUUGAGGAUUGAAGGGCAACCGGAAAUGGGUAGUUCCAUUUUGAGGUUUGCACAGAGUUUGAGGACCAGUCCUUUGAGUGCGAGGCCUAGGGGUUAUCUUAGUCUUGAUAUUUCCAAUAAGAAGGAGAAUAUGCCAGUGAUGUUGUUUAAUGAUAUUGAUAAUCAUCAUGAUCCUCUGUGUUAUGAGUAUCUGGUGAGGACAGUGUUUCCAUCCUUUGCAUUUAAUCAUGUAAGUAACGGGACAGGGUGUGAGUGUGUUUCAGGUUGUAUUUGCUCGAGGAAGAAUGGGGGAGAGUUUGCUUAUGAUCAGAAUGGUUUCUUGUUGAGAGGGAAACCGAUAGUAUUUGAAUGUGGAGCUUUUUGUAGGUGCCCACUAAGUUGCCGGAACCGGGUAACUCAAAAGGGGUUGAAAAAUAGACUGGAGAUCUUUAGGUCAAGGGAGAAAGGUUGGGGAGUUAGGUCAUUGGAUUUGAUACGUGCUGGUGUAUUUAUAUGUGAAUAUGCAGGGGUUGUUCUUACAAGAGAGCAAGCUGAGGUUUUCACAAUGAAUGGCGAUAAUUUGAUUUAUCCAAGUAGAUUUUCUCAAAAGUGGGUUGAAUGGGGGAAUUUAUCUAAGAUAUAUCCUGGUUAUGUGUGUCCAUCUUAUCCAUCUAUUCCACCUUUGGAUUUUGCAUUGGAUGUGUCGAGAAUGAGGAAUGUUGCUUCUUAUGUGAGCCACAGUUCAACUCCAAAUGUGCUGGUGCAGUUUGUAUUGUAUGAUCACAAUAAUUUGAUGUUCCCUCACCUCAUGCUCUUUGCAAUGGAGAACAUUCCUCCUUUGAGGAAGCUUAGCCUUGAUUAUGGUGUGGUUGAUGAGUGAACGAGGAAGCUUUUUAUUUGCAAAUAAAUAGGCUAGAAGAGUUGUUGGAACCCUUUGUAUGUGGUGUAGCACAGCAUCCUGAAGACAUUAUCUUAUAAGGUGGCUUUUGAAGCACAAAACGUCACCUGAAUUAAAGUUUUUAUGUUGAAUCAUCAACUUGAGAAUAGACCUCCAUCCCAAGACAUUUUCAAGGAAGAAAGUCAAAGGAAUCAAGAUCAAAAGACAAUAACUCUAUAGCAGCAUCACUGCUCAUGAACCUCAUGGGUUUGAAACUACAUCGGCAAUAAACAUUUAUGAAUGCUAAGCUCCUGCAAUGGAAGCUUUCCCAUGGAAAAUGGAGCGUCACGUGGUACCAGGAUUGGAUUUCAAAGGCUCAUGGUAGCAUUAGUGGCACCGUUUAUGGGAAACUCAUAUUAUUAGCUGAUAUCCCUCAUUUGAAACCAUUUCUUUCCUUUUCUAUAUUUUCUGUGCUUCUUGUGAGUUUAAUAUUUAGUCCUAAUUUAUUUUCAUCUUUGUGUCUUUUUGCUAUUUUCAAUGGCUAUAGAACCAAGAAAUGCUGCAAGAAUGUGCUGGCUGGGACUCUAGUGACUGGGACCAACCCACUAGUAGUUGCAACAAUCCAAAGUGUGAUUGGUCCUAAUACUGUUAGUGGCCAAGCUUCGCUGCGCAACACCAGAAUGCCUCCUAUCAGGCCUGACCAAUAGGGCCUACCACAAGGACUAACACCAGACCAAGUUCACCAGCGCAUCAGAGAAAUGGAGGUUCAAAUUGCUUUCUUGAUGGGACUGAUCCCUGGAACUAGUUCAUUGCCCAGAGCAAUUGCCUCUGGAGCAGAACUUCCUCUAGGACCACCAUUUGGAGAGGCCAAUCCAGCUCAACCUAGAGGAAUAGGUCGAGGUUACUCGAUCAAUCAACAACAUAGGGAUAAAGACAGAGCAGACAGGGAAGGACGAAUAAGAAGAACUUUUUGAUGAAUCACCACAACCAAAGGUGAAGUAGUGCUCGGUGAAAGCUGUUCAGAGGUACCAGAAGCAGGUGGAGGAAGAAAAUUUAAGAAUUGAGGAUGAGUCUCCAUUGUUCGAACUAUUCCUAGUUGAGCAGUUCCCACCAAAGUUCUUGCUACCCAUCCUGGACAAGUAUGUAGGAACAACAAACCUGAGGAGCCACGUGGUAAAUUUUCGAACAACGAUGAUGCUCUAGAACGUGAGUGACUACUACCUUUGUCGAGUGUUCCCAAUAACAUUGAUCGGCCUAGAUCAGAAAUGAUACCAGCACCUCAGGCCUUAGUCAAUCUAGAAUUUUUACUAGCUCGUCAUUGAGUUUAAGAAUAAGUUCAUCUCCUGCAUUUCACCGAAAAAGCUAUAUUUGGAUCUUCAGAAAGUAAAGCAGUAGGAGGGGGAGUCUUUGAGGGAGUACAUUGCUUGAUUUAAUGCUGAAGCAAUACAAGUUAAAAACUUGAAUCAUGGGACCGUGUGUGUGGCUUUGAAAAGGGGGAUAAGGAAUGUCAAGUUUUCUGAUUUGUUGAUCGAGAACUCGGUGAUAGACUACUACUAGCUGAUGGAGAGAG